AUGGGAGAUGCCCGAGAUUUACUUCAAAGAAUCAAGCAAGAAAGAGCCGGAGUGAAACGGGUGCGAAGUGACUCAAUUCAAGAAAAUAAAAAACAAAAAGCUUUACCAAAUGAUAAUAACAAAAAAAUUACAAAAUAUGAAGUUUCGCCAGACAGCAUUUCUCAAGCAAGAUUGAAGCCUUCUAACGAUGAAAUUGCCAAAAGUCAGGCCAAAACCAGCUUACCAGAUGACUUUUUUGAUGAAUCCGUACCAAAAAAUGAAAAUCUUAUUAAUGAGGAAUGGUCUUUUUUCCAAAACGAAAUUAAUGGCAUCGAACAGCAAGCAACACAGAAGGAGUCUUUGCUCCAAGAAGAAGAACUCAGAAAGCAAAGUGAAGCAUCUGAUUUAAAAGAAAAAGAGCCUUCAAAUGACCAGGCUUUGUCUGAUGAAGUGGAUACUAAUUUACAUCCUGAUGAUUAUGACGCUCUCUACCUCGAAGACUCAAAUCACGAUUAUAGAGGGAAGCUCUCCUUAAUAAUAAAAAGCUUCCAAAACAAACAACAGGAAUCUUUGGAAUCGGCAACAAAUGUUUAUGAUGAAGAAUCAGAAGGUUCUAUAAUAGACGAUAGUUCUUUGUGGGGCUUUCAAGAAAACACAUAA